AUGGAUCGUCCCGAGAUAUAUUUGAGAUCACUUGAUCAUGCUCAAGAAAAGUGGACACUUGGUUUCAAGUCUCAAGCAUCUCCACAUGAAACGAUGACUGAUGUUUUGAAGGUUUUUCAUAGCCUGAAUGUCCAAUGGAAGAAGAUAGGACAUUACAACAUGAAAUGCCUCUGGAUGCCUUCACUACCUAAUGAUUUCAAGGCUACACUUGACGAUGGUUUCACCAAAAUAAGACACAUCUCUGGCCCAGAGCACUCUAUCAAGGGUGCGAGGACGGGCACUAAAUCAAACGAUGCUGUCAAGUUUGAAAUUCAGCUUUAUAAAGCCCCCGGAGAAUUGCAUGUACUUGAUUUGCAAAGAAUUCAUGGGCCUCCCUUUCUCUUUCUGGAAAUAUGUGCUGCAUUUUUUGCUCUGGUAGUGGCAUAGCUUCAAUCGAGUGGGCACGGAAACAAGUUUUGGCACUAAUCUCAGUUAGCCGCUGUAUAAUUUCUGUUACAAUUUAGAUAAUUCUGUUGGGCUUGAAGACUUUUGUUUCUAAUUUUUUGCCCUUUUAUUUUAUAUACAUACAAUUGCAAUGUUGCUUUUCGAUAACUGCAAUGAUGCUCUCCAAUGCUAAGCAAACAAAUGUAGAUUCCAGUGCCUUGUUGCAAUAAACUGCAGCUUUGUGGUUGUUAUACAAGCAUACAAUCAGAUGUAUGAUCUUGAUGGAGUGGCUGCUCUUAAUUCAAGGAUGAAAUGUCGACAUGCUGUGUCUAAUUAGAAUGACAUUUUUAGCCUGGGAAAGUUUUAGCCUAUGGCUAUGAACUAUGUUAUCUAUGGCACAAGAAGCAAUGAAUUACGCAGGAUAUUCUUUUUAUUGUACAGAUUCUGGCAGCAUUUGAG